GGGAAGGCAGCGGUAGCUCACUAUGGCCCUGGCAGACAGCGCGGGCUGUGCCAAACCCAGCGAGGACUUUCCUUUCCCUGAGAUCAUUGAACUCAAUGUAGGUGGACAAGUCUACAUCACCCGCCACCCCACCUUGGUCAGCGUGCCUGGCUCACUCCUCUGGGAGAUGUUCACCCAGAAGAACAUCCGCUCCCUGGCCCGCGACAGCAAGGGACGUUUCUUCGUGGAUCGGGACGGUUUCCUCUUCCGCUACAUCUUGGAUUACAUGAGGGACCAGCAGCUGGUGCUGCCCGACCACUUCCCGGAGAGGAGUCGCCUGCAGCGAGAGGCCGAGUACUUCAUGCUGCCGGAGCUGGUGAAGAUGCUGGCCCCCAAGCUCAGCAAGCAGAACUCGCUGGGAGACGACCCAUGCCAAAGCGACCCGGAGGAGCUCUCCCCCAACACGGAUGCCACCCGCAACCUGACCUCCGCCGGUGCCACGCUCCCCAGCGCCGUGGGGGGUGGCCCCGGGGGCACUGCCAGCACGGGUGCUGCCAGCACCGACGUCCGCAGGGCAGGUUUCAUCACCAUCGGCUAACGCUUCCUGGAGCAAGCCUUUGAUAAACUGGCCGAUGCUGGCUUCCACAUGGUGGCUUGCAACUCCACAGGCACCUGUGCCUUCGCCCACGACCAGACAGAUGACAGGAUCUGGACCUCUUACACCGAAUAUGUUUUCUAUCGUGAGUGA